GUACGAGGGGUGAUAUCAACUUCUUGAGCUCAGGCAGUUGUAGCAUGCUGUUCGCUGAUCCGGAUGAAUCGGUGAUGGUGAAACAAGGGAUAUCCACGUCAAGCAAAGCGGGUGGAAAAUGAAGAGUACUAAUCGAUUUUGUCUGUUUGUGAUAAAUAUUUUUAUUGAAACAGCCUGUGUCGGUUUUCUGUCGAGGUUAAGUUUGCAGUUGUACUACCAGAAUCAACAUCAACGUGUGGGAAUAUAAUUAUCAAUAUUUUCGAAUUAUAUGUUUAAUUCCGGAAGUAAAUUUGCAAUAAUCAUAAAGAUAUAGACUAUCAUGCAGAUUGAUAUAUUUGCCUGAACCACAUGAAGCAUGGCUUUCGUUAACUCUUAAGUCGCUGUGUUCCACCACUCGAGAUCAGAUAGCCUUCAAACUGUUCAUAAUCUGGAAAGGAAACCAAAUUAUUUGAGAGAGGAGUGUUUUAUUCUGUUGAUACCAUGAUAACACUUUUGAUUGAACCAAGGCGUUAAGGAAGCUUUGGAUUUUUUGUUAACACAAUGAAUUGAAUGUACGUGUUUCUAUCAGGAUACUUAACAAAGAUCGUGGUAAUGGCUAAAUCUUAACACAAUUUCAAGACACUAUUUAAUGUUAAAUAUUGAAAUAUAUAAAGAUUCAUUUAUAGGGUUACAAUAGUUGAUCAUGCAAACCUCAUAAAAAUGUCAACCUCAACCACUACAAUGUAUAAUCAAACCGGAUCAAUACAAAGCAAUGCAACAUUUCUGCUCAUCGAAAACGAAAACGAUCAACAAAGGGUAUUAUAUCUUCCAACAUUGGUAAUUCUUGUAAUCUUAAUGAUGAUUGGUUUGCUUGGGAACGCGUGCGUAGUUGUGGUCUACAAACUGAAGUUCAAAAGGUCAAGUGCCAGGGUGUACAUUAUAUCCCUGGCCUUGGCGGAUAUGUCAGUGUGUUUAGUGGGUUUACCGUACCACAUCAUAGAUCUGACGUAUCCUUUUAAUUACCAAAGUUUUGUAACAUGUAAGAUUUUAAGCUUUCUAAUAAGUUCAUGUACUUUAAGCUCGAUAUUAAUAUUACUUGUAGUUGGAUUGGACCGUUAUUUGAAAGUGUGUCGUCCAUUGAAAAAGCAAAUUGUAGAUUUUGGAGACAGAAAAGCGUGUGUAAUUGCCGCAAUCAUAGCAAUGAUUUUCUCCUUGCCGUAUGCGUUCAUUUAUGGCAACAGUUCGGUUCAAAUGAGCGUGAACGGCUAUAACAUAACCGGAAGUGAAUGCUUCAUUGACGACGCGUACAGUGAAUCUGAAGAAUCCGUUUUGGGGAUUGGAUAUCUCAGUUUUAUUAUCCUCCUCUUCGUUCUUUCGGUUCUUUAUCUGCUCGUGAUGUAUGGUCUAAUAUUUCGCACUAUUCGAAGAAUGGACGAUGUGAAUAUUACUCUUCAUAGAGCGAAAGACAGUUGUUGCUGUAGAGUAUACUCGGAAAGCAUCGAUGACCCAGAUGAAAAUGCGGAUGACGAAUGUGUGGCAAAAAUAGAAACAGUUCAUGUUGAAACGCAGUUGUUACCAACAUAUAAUGAUACAGAUAAUGAUUUGAAGGCGGCCACUGUUACGUCUGCAAGGUCUGUUGAAUAUAAAGCUGCGGAUGACGAAUGUGGGACAACAAUAGAAACAGUUCAUGAUGAUUCCCAUGUGGUACCGACAUAUGCUCCUACAAAUAAUGAUGUGAACGCUUUAUCAAAGAAGGAGGCCUUGGUUACGACUGGAAGCACCGUUGAACAGAGAUUUGCGUUACAGUAUGUUGAACGGCGAUUAAAAAAAUCUAAAAUCAGUAAGACCACGUCAAAUGCCCUUAUCCGCCAUACUAUAUCAGGAACAAAGGGCAAAGAGAAACAUACACGAAAAAUUACUCUUAUGAUGCUAACGAUAACGAUAGUUUUUAUUGUCACAUAUUUACCGUUUAUAGCAAUCUCUAUGGUGGACGCAAUCGAUGAUGACUUUUGGAAUGCUUUGUCGGACUUUGAAGUCGUGUUCUAUGAUCUGAUCCUAAGAAUUUAUCUUCUAAAUAAUAUCGCCAAUCCGAUCAUCUACAGUUUCAUGGACGUGAAAUUUAGAAGAGAGGUCGUUAAAAUAUUAAAAGGGAUUUUCGGGUGUACCGUAUGCGAUAAAUCGCAUCAACAAGGGUCUGAACAGAGCUCAAGUAACAGUCCCCAAAAUACAACAACUUUCAUUUUGAAAUAGUGCUGUAACCUGUGUGUUUCAAUAUCGUGUAAAUAUCUACCGACUACAGUAUUUGACGUUGACAAUACAUUUAUUUACAUAUAGCAUGAUGCAAUUACGUAUUCUUAUAUGCUAGUCUGAUUCAUUAUGCAGAUAAUUAUCGUAUUGUAAUUUCAUUAAGUUAUUAUAUGGUUGUAGUGAAUGUAUGCAAUCAAAUAGUGGGUAUAAUACGUGUACAAAUAUUAUUUUUACAGUAUCACGAGCCUCGCUUGUUUUAACAAGCUCUAAAACUUGUAAAUAGAUAAUAAUAAGUUUGGACGCUU